CUCAGUUGUCCUACAGGUAGAUAUUGGCUGAAUGGCCUCUCACUGUUUAUGUUUCAGGUGAUUGACAAAUCAGAGUACCGGACCUAUGCAGCCCAGUCCCUGGUCCAGCUGCUCAGCAAACUUCCCAGUAGGGAAUAUGCUACAUUCAUUGCUUGGCUUUACAGAUAUUCACGAAGUUCCAAGAUCCCACACAGGGUUUUUACUCUGGAUGUUGUCUUAGCUCUGUUGGAACUGCCUGAAAGAGCAGUAGAUAACACUCUCUCCUUGGAGCAUCAGAAGAUCAUAAAGCAUAAGUUCUUGGUGCAGGAAAUUAUAUUUGACCGUUGUGUAGACAAAGCACCAACCGUCCGCAGCAAGGCACUGUCCAGUUUUGCACACUGCCUGGAGGUGUCUGUUACCACUGCAUCAGAGAGCAUCCUGGAAUUUCUGAUUAACAGUCCUGCAGUUUCAAGAGCAGACAGCCACCCUGGUACCUUACUGAGAAAUUCAGCAGCUUUUCCCUAUCAGAGGCAAACACUUAACCCUUCUGGAAGCUCAGGAGUGAUCAGUAUAGACAACAGUGGUGAAACUGAUGGAUCUGGGGUGAGAUGUGUCAUGGGAAUGCUGAAAAAGAGAAUUAGGGAUGAGAAGACCAAUGUCCGGAAGUCUGCACUCCAGGUAUUAGUGAGUAUUUUGAAACACUGUGACAUCUUGGGUAUGAAAGAAGAGCUAUUGCUUCUGCAGGACCAGUGUCGGGACCCUGCAGUGUCUGUCCGAAAGCAGGCCUUACAGUCUCUUACUGAACUUCUCAUGGCCCAGCCUGGAUGUGUCCAGAUACAGAAAGCCUGGCUAACAGGGAUCAUUCCAGCUGUGAUGGACUGUGAGAGCACUGUGCAGGAAAAGGCUCUGGAAUGCCUUGACCAGCUCCUGUUGCAGAACAUUAAGCAUUAUAAUAAAUUCCAUACUGGAGACAACAGCCAGGUACUGGCUUGGGCACUUCUUACUCUCCUUAGUACAGAAAACCAGGAACUGAGCCGCUAUUUAAAUAAGGCUUUUCAUAUCUGGUCCAAGAAAGAGAAAUUCUCAUCCAGUUUUAUAAACAAUGUGAUAUCCUACACUGGCACAGAACAUUCUGCACCAGCCUGGAUGCUGCUUUCCAAGAUUGCUUGCUCAUCACCCAAGCUGGACUAUACCAAAAUAAUAGAGUCCUGGGAGAAAAUCAGCAGUCAACAGAAUCCCAAUCCAAACACCUUAGGACAUAUUUUAUGUGUUAUUGGGCAUAUCGCAAAGCAUCUUCCUAAGAGCAUGCGGGACAAGGUGACUGAUGUGGUCAAGUGUAAGCUGAAUGGAUUCCAGUGGUCUCUAGAGUUGAUCAGCUCAGCUGUUGAUACUUUGCAAAGACUCUGUAGAGCAUCUGCAGAGACACCAAUGGAGGAACAGGAAUUACUGAAGCGGGUGUGUGGGGAUGUCCUCUCCACCUGUGUGCAGUCUCUGUCCAACAUAGUUCUGAAGGAAAGUGGCCCUGGGGAUGUGGAUGAAGACCUGUUCGUGAAGUACAUUUUUACCUUGGGAGAUAUAGCCCAGCUUUGUCCAGCCAGAGUGGAGAAGCGAGCCUUCCUUCUGAUUCAGUCCAUCCUCGCUUCUUCUGUUGAUGUGGAUCAUUCAGCAUCACCUCCAGGUUGCAGUGAAGCCCCAGCGUUUCAGCCACUCUCCCAGGUCAGAGGCUCUGUCAUGCCUUCCGUGAUCAGAGCACAUGCCAUCAUUACCUUGGGUAAGUUGUGCUUACAGCAUGAGGAUCUUGCAAAGAAGAGCAUCCCAGCUCUUGUGCGAGAGCUGGAGGUGUGUGAUGAUGUGGCUGUUCGCAACAAUGUUGUCAUUGUGAUGUGCGACCUUUGUAUCCGGUACACCGUCAUGGUGGACAAGUACAUUCCCAAUAUCUCCAUGUGUCUGAAGGAUUCAAAUCCAUUCAUCCGAAAGCAGACACUCAUCUUGCUUACCAAUCUCUUGCAGGAAGAAUUUGUGAAAUGGAAGGGCUCUCUGUUCUUUCGAUUUGUUAGCACUCUGAUAGAUUCACACCCGGACAUCGCCAGUUUUGGGGAGUUUUGCCUGGCUCACCUGUUACUGAAGAGGAAUCCUGUCAUGUUCUUCCAGCAUUUCAUUGAGUGUAUCUUCCACUUCAAUAACUAUGAGAAGCAUGAGAAGUAUAACAAAUUCCCCCAGUCAGAGAGAGAGAAGCGGCUGUUUUCACUGAAGGGGAAGACAAACAAGCAGAAACGAAUGAAAAUCUACAAGUUUCUUCUGGAGCACUUCACAGAUGAACAGCGAUUCAAUAUCACUUCUAAAAUCUGCCUUAGUAUUUUGGCAUGCUUUGCUGACGGCAUCCUGCCGCUGGACAUGGAAGCCAGUGAGUUGCUCUCAGAUACAUUUGAGGUCCUCAGCUCAAAGGAGAUCAAGCUUUUGGCUAUGAGAUCUAAAGCAGAUAAGGACCUGCUUAUGGAAGAAGAUGACACAGCCUUGGCCAAUGCAGUCAUGCAGGAAGCUCAGAAGAGGCUCAUCUCACAAGUUCAGAAGAAGAAUUUCAUAGAAAAUAUUAUUCCAAUUAUCAUCUCCCUGAAGACUGUGCUAGAGAGAAAUAAGAUCCCAGCUUUGCGGGAACUCAUGACCUAUCUCAGGGAGGUGAUGCAGGAUUACCGCGAUGAAAUCAAGGACUUCUUUGCAUUAGACAAGCAGCUGGCGUCGGAGCUCGAGUACGACAUGAAGAAGUACAACGAACAGCUAGCCCAGGAGCAGGAGCUGGCGAGACUGGCAGACGUUGCUCCGAGUUUCGAAGGAAUGCCAGCUCUGGCUGGCCAAGAAGGUGCUGCUGUGCCCGCUGCUGCAAGCCAGCCCUCAACACCCAGGGCGAUUGCUGGUCAGGCACCGCCUCUGCCUUCUUCCCUAGAGACAGGGCUGUUGAAGACACUUAUGCCCAAAGGCAGGCGCAUGUCCCUGAGCACCAUCGCAAUCCUGAAUUCUGUCAAGAAGGCUGUGGAGUCCAACAGCAGUCACCGGAGUCGGAGUACAGGAGGGUUGUCAUUCCCUUUGAGUUCUCAAAGCCUGGACAAAAUGUGCCAUCGUGCAACUUCCUACAGCCUGGAGCAGGAGUCCAGCGGAGCUGUUGACCAUGUAACGAAACGAGCGAUCAGCACCCCUGAGAGGACCAUCAAUGAUGUCACAUUUGGAGCAGGAGUCAGCUACAUAGUCACACCACGGACGCCUUCUUCAAUCAAAGAGAAAAUUGAAACCCAGUGUCAAGGAAAUGACAUUUUAUGUUUAUCACUUCCUGAUAAACCGGCCCCGCAGCCUCAGCAGUGGAACGUGAAGUCCCCAGCCAGAAAUAAAGAUAACCCAGCCCCCAGCAGGAGGUCACUCCGAAAGACCCCACUGAAAACAGCCAACUGAAACCAUGUGUUUGGGAGUGUCUGGGAGGCAAGAGCUGUAAGGACAUGGUGUGUCCUGUCUGUGCAGAGUCCACUUCCCUCACCCCCAGGGAGAGGGCAGCUUUUAGUGUGCGAUACCAGAGACGUUCCUGUGAUUCCAGCCCAUAACUGUUCACCUGUGUGGGCUGACCAACCUUUUACAUUUCUCUUUAUGAAUAUAUGAAAUAUGAAAAAAGUUGUAAAAUAUUAGAGAAAUGUCUUAGCUAUUUAAAAUAUUCUAACUUUACUCCAUUUGAAAGUAUCAAGUUCAUUCUGGUAAACUGUAUUCUGGUCCUUAAGGAACACAACUUAACAGAUGAGUUUUCUAUUAUAUAAAUCAGGCCUCUGUUAUCUGUUUGGAAUUCCCUACAUAGUUUCCUGUAUCUAAUGAUGAAAGUUUGACUGUAAUUAUUUUUUUAUUCUUAUUUAUAAAUUAGAAGUUUUUAAAGUGUACAGCUUUCUAAAAUGGAAUAAUAAAGGUUAAACAAAUACAGCCUUCUAUGUUCAAAAGAAUAUUUCUAUUUUUAGCACAGGGUUUUUACUGGUAGUCAUUUUAAUUUACAUGAAAUGUUUAAUAAUAAAACCCUCCCAGCCUGGAGAACUGUGAGAAAUAAAUGUCUGUUUAAAAAAAAAAAAAAAAAAAAAAAAAAAAGAAUAAA